AUGAACGCGACGCGGCGCAAUCUCUCCGUCAAACACACGCGCCACCCUUCCUACAAAACCCAAACCCCAGGCCGCCACCGACGACAAACCCACCAUGGAGCUCGCGGAGCCGUCCGGUCCGAGACCGCCUUCGGGCUGCGCGUGCUCCAGCACCUCGCCGCCGAGCCCGACGCCGGCGGCAAGAACCUCGCCGUGUCCCCGCUCUCCAUCCACGCCGCGCUGGCGCUCCUCGGCGCGGGCGCCCGCGGCGCCACGCUCGACGAGAUCGUCGCCCUCCUCGGCCCCGCCGGCGGCCGCGCCCACGCGCUGCUCGCCUCGCACAUCGCCAUGCACGUGUUCGCCGACAGCAGCGACGGCGACGGCGGGCCGAAGGUGCAGUUCGCCAACGCCGUAUGGGUCGACGCCACGGCGGCGCCCCUCAAGGCCGACUACGCCCGCGUCGUCGCCCAGCACUACCGCGCCCAAGCGCGGCAGGCAUCCUUCAGAACCAUGCCGGAGGAAGCGAGGCCCGAGAUCAACGAGUGGUUCGAGGCGGCGACGGCGGGCCGGAUCAAGGAAUUCCUGCCUCAGGGCUCCGUGGGGUAUGACACGGCGGCCAUCCUCGGGAACGCGCUCUACUUCAAGGGCGUCUGGGAGAGCACGUUCGACGCCCGCCUCACGCGGCACGACGCCUUCCACCUGCAUCCCGCCGGAGGCCAAGUCCACGUGCCGUUCAUGUCGAGCGGCGAGCGGCAGUACAUCGCCUGCCGCCCCGACUACAAGGUCCUGAAACUCCUCUACGCGUGCGGCAGCGGCGAGCACCGGCGGCGGUUCGCCAUGUACAUCUACCUCCCGAACGAGCGCCACGGGCUGCAGGCCAUGCUGCACAGGCUGGCCUCCAGCCCGGAGCAGCUCGAGGCGGACUCCAUGGCGCUGCGGAGCACCGUCGCCGUGGGCGCCUUCAAGGUGCCAAAGUUCACCAUAUCGAACAAGACGGAGGCGAGCCGGAUGCUGCAGCGCCUCGGGCUGUGCCUGGCGUUCAGCACCGCCGCCGACUUCUCGGAGUUGCUAGAUUUGGAACGCAUGAAGCCGCCGAAGCUGCCGCUCUACGUGUCGCAAGUCUAUCAUGAGUCCUUCGUGGAGGUGAACGACGAAGGGGCUGAAGCGGCCGCGGCGACGGCCAUCGUUGGCAUCUUUUGGUAGUUGUUCGGCGGGCUGGAGCAGGCCGGUGGACUUCGUCGCCGACCACCCCUUCAUGUUCUUGAUCAAGGAGGAGCUCACCGGCGUCGUG